CAACUUAACCACUUCCAAUCCAAUCCAUCCAUCAUGUCACCAACAACAAGAACAGCUUCAAAACUAAUGAACAAUCAAAUCAAUCAAGCACAACCACAAACACCACCAAAACUAAAACUAACCAAAGAAUCAGAAGAACUUUACCAACAACUCAAACUGGCAUUCCAAUCAUCAAAUCAAUCUAAAUCAAAUCAAAUCCAUCAACUCUUAACCAAACUCAAAAUUGCUUUGGCUCAAUCUUCUUUACUCAUGCCUACAAUAAAUGAUAAUACUUUAAUUGAUCCAGAUUCGUUAACAAAAGCUCGUGAUAUUUUAGAAUUCGGUGCAUUUUAUUCUGUUAGAAGUCAAGAUAUUCCAGCCUUUGAAAGAUAUAUUGCACAACUUGGACCGUAUUAUAAUGAUUAUAAUUCAAUUUUACCUAUUUCUGAACGUAGAUAUCCGAUUAUUGGAUUAGAUUUAUUAAGAUUACUUUCUCAAAACAAAAUUGCACAUUUUCAUACAGUCUUAGAAGGUUUAGUUAAAGAACAUGGACAAAAGAAUAUUGAUAUUCUUCAUACUAAUCCUUAUAUUUCACAUCCCGUCAAUUUAGAAAGAUGGUUAAUGGAAGGUUCUUAUUCUAAAGUUUGGUCUGCUAGAUCUAAAAUUCCUAUGGAAGAAUACAAAUAUUUUGUAGAUUUAUUAGUAGAUACUAUCAGGAAUGAAAUCGCAUCAUGUGAAGAAAAAGCUUAUGCUUCUUUACCAUUAAGUGAUGCAGGUACACUUUUGUUUUUCAAAACAGUUGGAGAAGUGAUUGAAUUUGCUCAAAAACGUAAUUGGCAAAUCGAUCCGAUUUCAAAAAGUAUCAUUUUUCCUGAACUUAGUGGGAUUCGACAUGAAUUAGCUAAAGAAAAAGUUAUUGAAGCUACUUUAGGUUAUGCAAAAGAAUUAGAAACGAUUGUUUAGAAAUCAUCUGUGUGUGUGUUGUUCUGUUGGGUUUGAAUUACGUUUUUUUUGGUCAAGGUUUUGUUUCGUGUUGGGAUUUGGUUUAGUUGGAAGUAGGAGGAGAGGAAUGUAUGAUGAUGAAAUUUUUGAAUCAU